AUGGCUACCAACACGGAAGCAACUGUGGAGACCGCUGUCGCGACAGACAACGUCCCCUCGCCAGCGAAACUCGCCGCGCUUCCAGACGACAUUCCGCCCCAAUUAGAACUACCCAUGCUCCCCGCAGACGUAAGCGCAGAAUGGCUCUCUAAAGUUCUCGAGCGCAAGGUCAAGACCGUUGCACUCGAUCGGACCAUCCCUGGUACGGCCACUAAGGUGUUCGUCACGGUCACCUACGAAGACGACAAGCCUCCCAAAGAAGCCCCAACCCGAUUAUGUGUCAAGGGCGGCUUUGACCCGAAUUUGCUCAAGAUGAUGCCAUGGAUCGUUAUGAUCUACCAACGCGAAUGCGACUUCUACAACCACAUUGCACUCACACUGGACAACAUGGAGCUCCCGAAGUGUUGGUGGGCAGGACACAAUUCCACUCAGGGUAUCGUGGCCAUGGACGACUUGUCUGCACAGGGCUGUGACUAUGGCAAUCCAGUCGAGGCGUGGCCUGUAUCUCGCGUUAUCGCUGGGGCGGAGCAGCUCGCUGCUUUGCACGCAAAGACAUGGCACGUGCAGGCAUCGGACUACCCGUGGUUGACUUCGGACUACGACCAGGUCAUCCUUACCUUGAUGAACACGUACGACGCAGUGGUGAAGGGUCCCGACAGGCCAAAAAUACACGACCAUCUUAAAGACCAGGGGCGCGUCACAAGUGUACUGAAGAGGCAUUACGCUUCGCGCAACCCUAGGUUCCGAUGUCUGCUACACGGCGACUCGCACUCAGGCAACACGUACCUUGUGAACGAUGCACCGCGCUUCCUUGACUGGCAGAUGAUACACAUUGGAAGCGCUUUCCACGAUUUGUCCUACUUCGUCGGAGCAGCUCUGACGAUCGAAGACCGGAGAGCGAAGGAGUGGGACAUCGUCGAGCAUUAUCUUCGCACAUUGGAGAAAUUCGGUGUCGAGCCGCUGUCCGUAGCAGAUGAGGAAGUAGCGAUCGAGUACAAAAAGUCCUUUCUAGCUGGUAUCGGCUGGAUCAUGUGCCCAUAUGAGAUGCAGGCAAAAGAGUGUGUGCAUCCUAUGGCGCUGAGGUACGCCGCUGCACUUGAUGAUCACAAGGUAUUGGACUUGGUGGAGGCUUUGCCAGAAGAGCCGCUGUAG